AUGGGAGACAACGUCUCCGCACCGGGCCUGCCCCAGCAGCCGCCAUCCUCCAGCAUAGCCGCGCCCCAGAACCAGCAACCUUCACCUACCUCAGAUGACUAUCCGCUGCGAUCUGGCCCGCCCGACUCGUACCUGGUGUCCAACGCCGAAGCCGCGGCCGCCCCCGAGCAGAAUGUCAUCCAUAUCCGGGAUCUUGCCCACAUCGAAAAGCUCGCCGAGGCCGACCUGGCGGGUGCCGCCGACCGGUCGGGCAUCCUCCACGACCCGCCGCUGCACCAGACCAAGUACGAGAUCAGCGCAAUGCCCAUUGCAGACGUCAUCGAAAUGGUGGCUGCUCUGCUGACCAAAAUCACAACCACAAAUGACCUGCAGCACGAUGCCAUGCAGCGCAACGUUGCCCACCAGCAGCAGGCCAACCAGACCGCGGAUCCCCACGGCGGCUCCCAGAUGAGCCCGCUCAGCCACUCGGUGCUCGCGUUCCACGGGAAGAACGUUCCGGCUAUAACGAUCCUGAGCUACCUUUCGCGAAUCGACAAGUACUGCCCGACCACGUACGAGGUCUUCUUGAGCUUGCUGGUGUACUUUGACCGCAUGACGGAGAGGGUCAACGAUAUGCGCUCUCUCGGCCUGCCGACACCGGCAACGUAUUUUGUAGUGGACAGCUUCAACAUCCACCGACUCAUCAUCGCCGGAGUAACUUGCUCUAGCAAGUUCUUUUCUGAUGUCUUUUACACCAACUCGCGAUACGCAAAGGUUGGUGGACUUCCUCUUCCCGAGUUGAACCACUUGGAACUUCAAUUCCUAGUGCUCAACGACUUCCGACUUGCCAUUCCGGUGGAAGAGCUGGAGGCAUAUGCCACCAUGCUAGUGGAGUUUUAUGCCCGAGAGGUGGUGGCUCCUCGGAGUCGCCGCACUUAA